CUCCCGGCCAANUUCUCGGGCCCGCCUCCGAAGACGUGGAGUGCAGCUGCCGCCGCAAGUUUGUGAAAGAUGAAAGUGACCUUAUCAGCUUUGGAUACUUGUGAGAGUUCCUUCACACCUUUGGUGGUCUUAGAACUGGCUCAGGAUGUCAAAGAAGAAACCAAAGAAUGGCUGAAAAAUAGAAUUGUUUCUAAAAAGGAAGAUGGAGGUGCCCAGCUUCUAUUUAGACCACUAUUAAAUAAAUAUGAGAAAGAAACACUAGAAAAUCAGAACUUAUAUCUUGUUGGUGCCUCCAAUAUUACGUUGUUACUGGGUGCAGAAGCAAUAGGUUUGGUAAAAGAAUGUAAUGAUAACACUAUGAGAGCCUUCACAUAUGGAACCCGACAUAACUUCAAAGAUUUUAAUGAUGACAAUGAUGACUUCCUUACAAUGGCAGAAUGUCAAUUCAUUAUCAAACAUGAGCUUGAAAAUCUUAGAGCCAGAGAUGAAAAGAUGAUCCCUGGUUACCCGCAAGCAAAGUUGUAUCCAGGAAAAUCAUUAUUGAGAAGAUUGCUCACCUCUGGCAUCGUGAUUCAGGUGUUCCCACUGCAUGAUAAUGAAGCUCUGAAGAAGCUUGAGGAUAGCUGGUACACUCGGUUUACUUUAAAGUAUCAGCCCCUAGACCGAAUUCGUGGCUACUUUGGGGAAACAAUUGCUCUUUACUUUGGAUUUUUGGAAUAUUUCACCGUUGCCUUAAUCCCUAUGGCGGUCAUUGGGUUACCUUACUAUUUGUUUGUGUGGGAAGACUAUGACAAGUAUGUGAUCUUCGCCUCCUUCAACCUGAUCUGGUCCACAGUGAUCCUAGAAGUGUGGAAGCGUGGCUGUGCCAAUAUGACCUACAGGUGGGGGACACUCGUCAUGAAAAGACAGUUUGAGGAGCCCCGGCCGGGAUUCCAUGGGGUCCUGGGUAUCAAUCCCGUCACUGGUAGGGAGGAACCGCUCUACCCCAGCUACAAGAGGCAGUUGCGCAUUUACCUGGUCUCUCUGCCGUUUGUGUGCCUCUGCCUCUAUUUCUCCCUAUAUGUCAUGAUGAUUUACUUUGACAUGGAGGCUUGGGCCAUGAGUCUACACGAGAGCAGCGGAUCCGAGUGGACCAGUGUCCUGUUGUAUGUGCCCAGCAUCAUCUAUGCCAUUGUGAUUGAGAUCAUGAACCGCCUCUAUCGAUACGCUGCCGAGUUUCUAACUUCAUGGGAGAAUCACAGAUUGGAAUCUGCCUACCAGAAUCAUCUAAUUCUGAAAGUUUUAGUGUUUAACUUUCUGAAUUGCUUUGCCUCGCUUUUCUACAUUGCCUUUGUCUUGAGGGAUAUGAAGCUGUUGCGUCAGAGCUUGGCCACUCUCCUGAUUACCUCCCAGAUCCUUAACCAAAUUAUGGAAUCUCUUCUUCCUUAUUGGCUCCAAAAGAAGCACCAUGUGCAGGUGAAGAGGAAGGUGCAGGCGUUGAAAGCCGACAUCGAUGCUACAUUGUAUGAACAAGUUGUCCUGGAAAAAGAAAUGGGAACCUACUUGGGCACUUUUGAUGAUUACUUGGAAUUAUUCCUUCAGUUUGGUUAUGUGAGCCUUUUCUCCUGCGUUUACCCACUAGCAGCUGCCUUCGCUGUGUUAAAUAACUUCACUGAAGUUAAUUCAGAUGCCUUAAAAAUGUGCAGAGUCCUCAAACGGCCAUUCUCAGAACCUUCAGCCAAUAUUGGUGUAUGGCAGUUGGCUUUUGAAACAAUGAGUGUUAUAUCUGUGGUCACCAACUGUGCUCUAAUUGGAAUGUCACCACAAGUGAACGCUCUCUUCCCAGAGUCAAAAUUGGACCUCAUUCUGAUUGUAGUAGCAGUGGAGCAUGCACUCUUGGCUUUCAAGUUUAUACUUGCAUUUGCCAUACCUGAUAAACCACGGCAUAUCCAGAUGAAACUGGCCAGAUUGGAGUUUGAGUCUUUGGAGGCACUCAAGCGGCAGGUCUGGUAGGAUGCACCGCUCAUGGAUUCCCAAGUACUGCUGCUCCCUUAUAAUUGACCUCCCGUGCACCUCCCCUCCGCCCUCGGCUUCACACACCUCACCUUCAAGGGGGAGCGCUCCCUCCUCUGUGAGGCAUAGGGGCCUGUUGCCCACUUCUGUGCAUUCCCCUGCUAUACUUGGCCAGGUGGUUCUUGACUCCCGAGUUCCCUCAUCCUGCACAGGGCCUGAUGCCUGGUAGACUCUGAAUAAAUCUCCACCUCAUGAAACUAAGUUUGUUGACUCAUACAUAGUUCAGAAGCUAAUAUAUUAAGUAAAUGACAAGUGAUGUCCUUGGACAAGAAAAGAGGAAUCUUAAAAUAGGUACUGUGGCAAAAAUGGAAACAGUUAGGUCAUAUGCCUUUCUGGGAUCACUAGGGAAGAGAACGCACUCUGAGGAUUUGCGUCCAAGCACUUUAUAAGGCCCCCAUACCUGGCCUUGAUAAAGCUCAAAUUCUAUUUUUUUCAAAAAGACUGACUGUGAUUGAUAUCAGUAACAGUCAGGGCUCCAAGAAGAUGGUAAAAUACACCCAAAUCAAGCCAAAUAGAAUUCUAAAGUAGUUUCUACUUUGCAAAAUUCAGACUCUGGAACAAUCCUCUCCUUACCACUGAUGUGUAGACAUUUCUUUCCCCUGCCUUUUCUGUUCUCACUAGAGAAAAAAUGCUAUAAAGUACACAGAGUCAUAAAGACAUUAAAAUAAGAUGCUUCACUAAAGCUCUGGAAGGCCUCUGAUCAUUUUUGUCUUCCCUAGUAAACAACCCAUAGAAAUUGUUACUUAUCUCAUUCCCCCGGUUUUCUAAGCAAAAUUUUAACUUUGUAAAUCUUAAUUAUUUUCCCAGAUGUAAGAAACAUAGCCAAAUCGGAACCAGAUUUAUUUUUACUUGUGGAAAUUACUGAAUAGGCCAUGAAACAGAAUAAUAUUUAGCAUUUUCCUAGCCAGCAUGUGAGUAAACGAGGAGCAGUGUGGGCAGAAGGGGCCUGGAGACUCAGUUCCAUCCUCUGCAGAAGGGCCUCGAGUUCACUGUGCUGUAGGAGUACCACCCUGUGCUUUGGACCAGGGUCACAUCUGUCAUCAAAUGUGUCUGUAUUUGUAAAGAAAAAAGUUCAUCUUAUACCAAAUUAUCUUAGAUAUUUCAGAAUGCUUUAAACUUUAUAUAUAGAUGUGUAUAUAUAUAUAUAGUUUUUUCUGGCAUAGUUAGCAUACUGUGUUAUAUUAGUUUCAGGUGUACAAUGUAGUGAUUCAGCAAUUCUGUACGUUACUCAGUGCUCCAUCACAAGAAGUGUACUCUUAAUCCCUUUUACUUCUUUCACCCAUCAAAGCUAUAUAUUUUAAGAGGAAAAAUAUAUAUUCUGGUAAGAUACUAAAAGUUCUAAGAGUUCUAAUCUCAGACUCUGGACUAGAGUAAUAGUUACAUUGCCUUGCAGGCCAGCAUGUGUGGGAGCAGGGUUUUCUUUUCCAGGAAAAUACCUGGGCUAUUAUGAUGCAGCUAUUUACUUUUUUUUUUAAACCGUAUAUUCUAGGAUAUUAAAGAUUAUGUUGGCUCACUGAGGUCAAAGAUAUUUGUCUGUGACCACCAGACUAGAAGCUUCGUAGGGACAGGAUGACUCCAGACGCAGAAUUUAUAUUUGUUGAAUGAGUGAAUCAGUAAUUAAAUGAACAUCACUAUGGUCAAAGCCCCAUCUCUUUGUGCCUUUCUCUGUUACAAAAUUGUAGUCUUUUGACUUUGAAUUUAUCUCUUGCGUGUUAUAUUUGGGAUUCAGGAAACCAUUAAUGAGUACUUGCUAUGUCAGGAAACCACAAACUUUUUUUUUAACUUUUGUUUUUAAUUACUAGUAAAUUGCUAAAGUAGAAAACAUUCAGUAUAAUAAAUGGUGGUGUUUUCCAUUGAUUUCUACUGCUUUAAAACCUCAGGGAUAUGAUUGAACAUUAUAUCAUGCAAUGAAUAUAAACCUAAGAGAUUGGGCUGAAAAUACAGUGAUUGGUAGACUAGAAAAUUUAGACUUUAAAGUAAAUCCUGAAGAACAACACAGAUUUACCUCUGUCUUCUAAGAACAGAGUACAGAAAACAAGAAAUGUUUGGACUUAGGAAGUUUUUGAAAUACUACCUAAUUGAAGGAAAAUAAUCCACAUUAAUAAUGGCUCUAGGAACAUAAAUAGUAAAUUAUGCUGAAUUCAUAUAUGAGUCAAAAUUAAUAUACAGAUAUUAAAAUUCAACAAAUAUUGAGUACAUUCUGUGACCAAAGCACAAAAAUAUAAAUUGUUAGAAAUUCCCUAUAUCAUGUAAUUGUCAAAUGUUAGAGGAAAAAUUCUUGAUCCUGUCCCAAACCUGAUUUUAUAGAUUAAGAAAAGGGUCACUAACUGUGAUUGUUAGCUUCCAAGGUCCCCAGUGGUCCCUGCCUCCCAAUACACCCUUUUGAAGUCCCAUCCCAAUAGGGCAUUAUGGAAUGUUGGUAUGUCCCUUCUGAAGCUACGUCAUAACAUCUACAUACAUAUACAUACGUGUAUAUGUAUGGCUUCUGUCAUUGUCUCCCUCUUAGAUCAUUUGCUCUUGGGAAACUAGCUGCCAUGUUGCGAGGGCACUCAACGUUGGAGGGGUCAAGAAGGUCUGACUGCUGGUUGACCCAAGAGCUAGACCUAGACAGUCAGAGGCUACUCCCCUGUCCUUGGAAUGUACGUUCUGACCAUCACUUCCACACUAAGAGCCAUUUCAGGGACAGAGCCUUGAGCGAGUAGGUGUUGAGACCCACUGGAUUGCAUACGUGACUGAGCCCCCUUAAGGUGUCUAUCCUGUAUAAACUUUAAGAUUCUGCUGGGCAGGUAUGGAGAUCUACUCAUCUUGUGACCACCCAAGACAAGCCUCCCAUGUCAUUUUCCCUGCUUGUUAAAUCUGCCACCUACCAAUCUGGAGUGGCCGGCCUCUUUCUUCAGUCUCUCCUUACCCUUUAUGUAUGGGGGCCAGCUUCAGAUUUCACCCAGAGAACCCCCGAGGUUGUGAACCAACACUCAAGCAGCCAAUGGAGAGGCCCAAAUGACUAGAAACAGGCAUACUGCCAACAGCCAAGUGAGUGAACCAUCUUGGAAACAGAUUCUCUCGUCUGAGGGUUAGCAGACAUUUUCUGUAAAGAAUCAGGUAGUAAAUAGUUAUGGUGUGUAGGCCAUACAGUCUCUACCAGAAGUAUUCAGUUCUGCUGUUGCUGUGCCAAGGCAGCCAUAGGCAAUAUGUGAAUGAAAGAAAGAGGCUGUAUCCAAUAGAACUUUAUUUAUAAACACAGGCAGUGGGCCAGAUUUGGCCUGUGGACUGUCGUUUGUCAUCCCUAGCUCUUAGCCUCAGUUGCUUCCAAAUUCCUGGCCAACAGAAAGCCUGGAAAGAAAUGCAUAUUGUUUUAAGUGACAAGAUUUUGGAUUCAUCUGUUACACAGUAAUAGAUAACUAAUGCACCAAUAAUCCAGGAAAGGAGGCUGGGUGAGUAUGAGGUGAUAAUUGUGAGGCUAAGCAAUAGGUGGAUACAUGGGGAUUCAUUACAUUAUUCUCUCUACUUUUGUGUAAUAAGUUAAAAGAAAAAGAAAAAGAAAAAAACUGCUAAGUGAUUUGUCUAAAAUCACAAAGCCCAUUCUGCAUACCCAGGUCUCUGGCUCUGAAAUCCUGCCUUCUCUUGACUUCCCCUUUCUGCAUAAAUAGCAACCAGCAGAGAUUUAGCUAUUUGCCCAAGUUUUCCCCUCAAUUCUUUUCUACCUUUGUACCUCUGACUUAACAUCCAAGAUAGUUCUUUGGACUUUGAUACCACUGUUCUUGUUGAGCCGUCCUGGAGGCCUUUCUACUUCUUUAUACUUCUUAUACCAUGGACUGUAGAAUUAGUCAUUCCUGGGGGACGGAGCCUUGCUCAGAGAUCCACAGAUUCCUACCUUGGUGUGGCCUGGAAUAGAACAAUGCUUGCUGUUUACAUUCUUACUGAAUGUGCUAUCACCAGGGCACUCACAAAUCCACUAAUCUUAAUUAAUUCUUACACAGCCUGUGAGGAUCGGCCUCUCAGGUUUCACUCCAGGAUUUUAUAGAUGAGAAGACAGACUCUAAAAGUUUAAAUGGUCAGACAAAUAAAGGCAGCCAGGUCCAGAAUCUGUCUCCUGGCCCAGUGUUCUUUCUUCCUUCCUAUACUAUCUCUCUCAUGCUUAAGGAGAAACAGAUAGAGGGGCACCCAGAUGGCUCAGUUGGUUAAGUGUCUGACUCGAUUUCGGCUCAGGUCAUGAUCGCAGGGUCAUGGAAUCAAGCCCUGAGUUGGGCU